GUGAUGUCUCCUCUAGUGAUAGAACUCAUUGCUCCGUCCUUCUUUUUUUUUUCGCGGAGUCCACCUUUGACGUCGCACAUUUAUAAACUGCCCGGUUGUCUUUUUCGAGUGACUGCGCAUGCGCCCAGACUCGAAAUUACGGUUCGGUAACAUAUCUGAGCGCCGAUCCUGCAGGACCGAGACGUUUGUGAGAGGCAGCGGAAGCAGACGUCUGUGACCGGCUGAGAAAGCGAAGCACCGUCGUGGUCCGCGUGAGCCGGACCCGGACAUGUACCUGCGCAGGUGCGGCUCCCGCUCCCACCUGCGCAGGUACAGCCCCGCUGGCGGCCUGAUAAUGGCGGCGCUGCGGCUUCCCGCUGAGCUGUGGCUGCGUAUCUUCAGCUACCUGUCUUGGAAAGACAAGCUGCGCAUGCGCUGCACCUGCUCCCAUUUUCGGAGCCUGCUGGACGAGUCUAGUGUCUCAUGGCAGGGCUUCAGCGUGGUCCUGAAGGACCUGUCCCGGUACAACCGUGGGUUCUGGCGCAGCCUGGCCCGGUGGCAGGUGCGUGUGGUGCGGCUGCGCGCAGGUGUGAAGAAGGACCUGAAGCUGCUGUCCUCCUGGCUGCCGCUAUUGGACUCGCUUCGUCUGGACCGCUGGAUGGAGCUGGAGGUCCGGGAGCUGCAGGUCCUGGUCCAGCUGCAGCGCCUGUCCCUCACAUCCAGCUGCAUGCCGCUCAGCAGACUGGACUUCCUGGUUCCGCUCAGCGAUCAGCUGACACAGCUCACUUUGUGUAAGGUGCAGCUCACCUGUCCGGCCGCUCACCUGCUGGCUGCUGUGACUCAGCUGCGCAGGCUCACCUCUCUGCAGCUGCAUCAUGACGGCAGUUUGAGAAUCAGAACCCUCAGCGGCAUCCUCAGUCACCUGACCCGGCUCAGACACCUGUCCUGGACCAUGAUAACCUACAAGACACUGGCGGGGGACUUCUUCUACCCGGCUCACCCCCCAGAGGGGACCGCCGGUCUGCAGCUGUCGCAUCUGCAGCUGCUCAAUUAUGACGCCGUGGUGACACAGGAAGUCCUGCAGCCUCUGCUCCGCCUACAAAGCCUGUCGGUGCUGCACCUGUACUCCGUACCUGGACCCAACUGUCACCUUCGGACAUGGCUGACGUCGUUGCCUGAACUCUCCAGUCUCAGUGUGCACGGAGGCCAUCCUCUGGCAGCAUACGCAGACUUCCUGCCUUCCUCUCUGCUCAGCCUGACCCUCAGUGUAGAUCUUCAGACUGAAGACCUGCAGGUCGUCUCAGCAAGGGCUCCUAACCUGGAGCACCUCCAUCUAGAGCCUUGGGGAUCAUCUUCUAGCUUGAUUAAGCUCCUUCCUCAACUCUUUCCUCACCUGAAAACGCUGGCUAUCAGGCAUCAUGGCGUAUUGGAGGAGGACUUCCUGUUUCUGCAGGAAAUGAAACAUCUCCACACAGUGGAAAUCCUGGACGUGUAUCAUAGGCCCAACCCAAAAGACCCCAGCUGGGUCCUCUAUGAGUCCAGUCCUCAUCUGCUGCAGCUCAUCCAAAAGUUGCAGCAGCAGACCAAUCACAGAGUGCAGGUGAUCACCAGCUCCCGCAGCAACACUCUCAGCUGUGACUGCAUAUGAUGUGUCUGCAGCUGCGCAGACUCUGACAUCACCACAUGACCUUCUGAUAUCCUGAUCAAAUGUUUUUUUAAAGCUGUUUCUGGGAGAACACCAGACUUUUUAACAUGGGUUCAAUUGAUUAAUGUUCCCUUUGCUACCAUUGACUGGAUACGAGAACUGGACAUAGUGACUCCUCCCCCCCUGGCGUUCCAAACAGGAAGUGGCUCCAAGAAGCCAAAAUCCCGUAGACGUCUAUAGAGAAAGAAGCAGCUGUUCCUCAGUUGUUCUAUUGGUCAGAAGAACCGUUCUGGAUCUGGUAUACACUCUUUAAACAUCUUUAAACAUCUUUUUCAUAAUCCUUUUAGUUCAAGUUAUAAACUGACCAAUCAGAUGGUUCAGUAAAAGUAGGUGGAGCCUGCUGCCCCAACUUCAAACAUUUGAUUAACAGAUUCUCCUGAGGUACUGAAAUGGCUUAAUUUGGUAGGAGCUGGAGGUACGGCAUUUUCUAUGGCCGGGGGGGGGGGGGGGGUCACACUCGCUUUGUCCAGGUCUCUGAUACAGAUUCUGCAGCAUUUGGUAAAUUCUGGUACUCACUAUGUUUGGGAAUGAUCACCUUGGUACUCUUGAGCAAAGCCUCAGCUGCAUAGUUUUCCUGGUUCAUGGGGGGGGGCUAUGCCGCCCCCGGGUGCAAAUGUGAAACCAUAAAUGAAAGACCAGAAAAAUCAGAAAAUCUCCAAGAAUAAAAUGGAUGAUCAAAAA